AUCGAUCUGACGGCGCACCAGCAGGCGCCUCGCUCGCUCUCGCACCGCAGCCCUGCCUUUAAUGCCGGUUCGUCGCGGUCCGAGCGAAUAUCUGCUGGCGAACAAUUUGCCCGCCUCUGGUAAACACACGCUGCUCACGAAGAACGUCCGCCGCUGCGUACCGUGCAUGUCACCAGGACCAAACUGUCGCCGAUUAAUUAGCAAUCAGCAGCGAGUGCUGGGGCGACCGGCUGAAUCAUGGCUUGCGACGGGAUGCUCGUCAAUGCGCCUGACGAAGGCGCGGUGCCGAGCACGGGAGCGCACGACGCGCACUCGGCGCACCGUCAUUCGACGGUGAGCAAAAGGGCCCGUCUCAGUUUUGGCCGACGUCUGUUGUCGCGGCUCCGAGUUGAAAAAAUCGAGGGUGGUCUCAUGGUGGCCGGCGUGUUGGUGGCCGCCAACUGCAGGGUGGCCCUGCCCGUGUUUGGCUUCCUCUUCCUGCUGGCCGGCGCCGUUCUCACAGCGGCCGCCUACCGCGGCCAGGAGAGUGACGAGGAGGCCACAACCUAUGUUGAACGCGUUGAAAUGACUGAAAAUUCACGUGUCCUGGGUCCUGCCUGUCUUGUUGUAGGAGGACUCAUGCUCUUAGCGGGUGUCUUUUUGUGCACUUUGACUCGCAGAGCACAGCGUCAGGAACGUCAGCGCCGCGUGGGCUUCCACUGCCCCAUCCACGGCGACUUCUACCCCGCAAACUUGAAAGACUCGGAUCUGAUUGCGGACGACGAUGAAGAGAGCACCUGGUCAUGUUGGAGACACCGCAGUAGAGAGGAUGAUGAAGAGGCUCUUGGCCCUCGCCUGAGGGCGGACAGCGUCAUCAACCCUCAACAGGCGCCCUUGUGUCCACAUAGCUCGCACACCAGUGCCCGAAGCAGCCUUUGCUCGCCGUGGACGAACAACCAGCCGACAAGCAAGGAAGUUGUGGUCACAGCUAGUCCUUGCCCCACACCACAACCCUUUCUGGUGCCAUCAGGUUCAAUCAGCAGUGGAUUGGUUCCGACGGCCCGACUUUCUCCGGAUCAGACUUUUGGCUCCAUCAGGUCGCUGAGCAUCACAAGAGAAGUCGCCAGUUUUCCAAUGUCACGCACACCAUCGCCUCCACCACCAAGGGCAGCUCUUGAAAGGUGUAUAAUGGCUGAGAUUGCCUCCCCGACAACCGUGCCAGCCAUUCCACCCCCAAGGCCCCCACCCCCAACCAUCCGAAUGGUGGCUCCUGCUAGCGAAUCUUCAGUAGGAUGACCAGCUCGCGUUGGCACCCUGACUAGGCCGCGUCCGCAACAGUCCUAGCUAAUGGUGGUGCAGGUGCACCGGACAAAACACUUGGGACAUCGGGUGUAAGUUGUAGUGUCUGGUGUGUGAUUUUUUUUAACCGCAGUGAUUUAAACAAAGACUGCCUUCGUCCUUUGCUCGAACGAACAGUGAGAAAAAAAUCCCUUUUGGAUUUUAGCUGGAUAUAAGGAAGUGAGAAAGAGAAAAAUUACCUCGUAAUUGUGAAUAAACUUGUUGCCGAAACUCGGCAACAUUUUUAACUUUUAGGUUUCAUUUUAAGCAAUUUUAUCAUACAAAUGAGUCGAUCUAAAAAGUGACCUAUUGUAUUUUCUUUUCAAUUUUCCCAUGCUUGAAGAUAAUCCUUUUUGUAAAAAUUAAAAUGCUUUAGAGCCAGGGCAUCAAAAUGUUGCUUAACUGUUUGAUGAGCAAUGACUAAAUAAAAAUGAGUGCAUGGUAGUUAAAUGAGGUAGAUUUUACAUUGAGAAGGAGGCAAAUGAUCGAACAAGUUCUAAACUGCUGUUUAAUAUCAAAUAUAUAAAAAUCAAUCCCCCUCUGUCUAGUGAGCCUUUACUUAUUGUUAGCUUGUAAAAAGUUGAUGUGAUAAAAGCAGAAACAAGUUCUCCAAAAAUCAUAAGAUUAAAUCUUUUAGAAGAAAACAUGGUAAAAAUGAGAAAAGAAGAAUAUAAAAGAAUAUUGCUUAAUGUAAAAUUGCUGUCAAUAAAAUAUGAAACAAAAUUGUGUAGUU